GAGUGCGUCAGCAGCGAGGGGCGGGCGGCCCGCCGGGGCGGAGGAUAUCAGGCAGCGGGGGGCAGGAUUGGGGGAAGACGAAGGUGAGCCAGGGAGCGCCGUGAAGGCUGUCAGGGAGCUCGGCCGCUGUCUCCGCUCGUCCCCGCGCCGCCGCCGCUACCGGCGCGGCGGGCUGCCCGGCCAGUGAAGGAUGUCGUUCCCUGUGGAUAUACUGAAAAGCUGCAGCCAUGAGGACCUGGAGAGCUCGGCAGAGGACUACUUGUCUGACCUCCGGUGUGCGAAUCCACACAGUCCUGAAUUCUUGUCUCUGCCAGACCACAGCAAAAUUCCUAUUAGCUUGUCAACUGUGGGCUUCGUUCCUCUUUAUGGUGGAGAGCAGACACACAAAGUUCUUGCUUUGUUUGCACCAGCGGACUCACUCACAGCUGUAGCCCUGUAUCUUGCUGACCAGUGGUGGUCAAUUGAUGACAUUGUGAAAACAUCUGUCCCUGCUAGAAAGGGACUUCAUCAGGUGAAGUCUGUUGGAGAGAGGGUUGUUCUUUAUGUUCUGAACCGAAUUAUCUAUCGGACGCAAGAAAUGGAAAGAAAUGAGAUCCCAUUUCUCUGUCAUGGUAGCAAUGAAUAUGCAAAGAUUAUGUGGAAAAAAGGAGAAGCCAUUGGGUUCUAUUCUGUUAAACCUACAGGAAGUAUUUGUAGCUCUUAUCGCGGUCAGACUUACCAGCUGCCAGUGUUAGACACAAUGUUUGUAAGAAAGAAACAUCGUGGGAAAGACUCUGGGCUAAUCAUGUUGGAAGACUUCGUUGACUCCUUUACUGAAGAUCGUCUUGGCCUACGAUACCCGUUGUCACCCUUUGUUUACACAGCUUGUAAGCAAUAUCUGGAGAAGUACCCUGGGGAUCAGAAACUUUUCUGGGAAGUGGAGGGAGCAGGACAGUGGUUCCAGCGAACACCUAUUGCAUCUAUAUUGGAGAAGGAAAAGCUCAAGAUGAGAGCAGAGGCCUCACAGAAAGAAAGUAGGAGUUUCCAAGCAGAGGAUCACUUUCAGCAGUCUGCAGCAGUAUAUGAAGCAAGUGGACAGAGGACUGAGCUAGAAACACAGCUAAGCGCUGACUCUCAAAAACGUAAAGAAUCAGUAGAUGUCCGUGCAAGCACAUCUCAAGACUUUAACAUAACUUCCAUUUCCAUUCGGACACGAAGCAGUCAUUUAAAACGUCCCAGGGUAGGAAAAAAUAUCCAGGAACCUGAACCUGAAACUUUCCGAGGAGAUGAGGAAAAUGCUCUUCAUGUGUCAGAAAACAGGCUGGAACCUCGUGCCCCCUCAUCUGAAAGCGCUGAAGGCUCAGUGGUAGUACCUGAGGAGGGUACUGCUAUGGAUGAAAAAGCAACUAUUGAAGAUGAUGGCCAGGCUGUAUCAGAAACAGACCUAUAUGUAUCGGCCCUUGAGAAUGAAACUGAGGAGGAGGAAGCUCCUUCAGAACCUUUUAAUGGUGAGGUAAUAGAACAAACUGGCAAGACCUCACUUACGGCUGAAGAGGAAACAGCAAAUGAAGUUCUAAGUGGUGAAUCAAAAUUGCAGUCUGAGAGUCCAGAAGAGCCCUUAACGCUGUUUGUUCCAUUAAUCCUUGAGUCUCUAGCAAAACCGUCAGAAGACACUGUAUCAGAGAAGCUUUUAAAUGCAAAUGUUUCAGAAGUGCUGACUGAAGAAGGUACAUUAGAAGAGGCAGGCACUGAAGAACAGGAAGAAUCUGAAAAGACCACCACUGAAAAUACAGCAGCUUUGGCACCAAAAGAAGAGCCAUCUGACAAUGGCCUGCCCAGCUCUGUGGUGGCUGAAGCAGCAGAAGAAUCUGUUUCUGAAAAUAUAUUGCCCAAAACAGCUUCUUCUUUGGAAGAUGAAAAUCAGGAAGCAGGGCACGACGCACAGGAGGCCCCUGUUGCCCUGAGUCAGAGCUCCGUGAUAGUGGUCGAAGUUGAAGGUGUUUCUUUUCAGCAGCCUUCUGGACAGGAAGGGCAGAAGAACCAGUUAGAAGAGCACUCAGAAGAGUCCGAGUCCAUACAUCAGUACACACAGGCAGCAGUGGAGCGGGCUGCUGACAGCAGCUCUGAGGAAGCAGAAAUUGAGGUACCCGUUGUAGAUCGGAGAAACUUGCGAAGAAAGGCCAAAGGCUACAAAGGUCCACCCAAGAAAAAAGGAAAACCAGCUUAAAAGUGAAAUAAUGAUUGCUAAUUCAUCUAUUUAUAAGAAAGUUAUUUUGUGUAAAACAGUAGGGUGUUAACUAAACCAUAUGGGACAUGGGACAUGUGUUUAAAAUUCUGGAUUGGACUUACUCCUGGGAUUCAUCACCUUCCCUCAAGUUUUCUUCAAUUUUUAACUGCUAGACAUUGAGCUUCAUCAGAACAUGAAAGUAGACAGCCAGCCUCCUCCUUUUAUAAAGGAUGCAUGCUGAAUAAAUACGGUUGUGAUAGCAAAAGGAACAGUUUGCAUAUUUGAGGUGGCUGUCAUGGAAGAAAAAUGCAGUGUGAAAUUCUGACCCUGUCCAUGUCCCUCAGAUUCCCAUAGACUUUCAUGAGCCCAGAUAUCACUCUGGCAUUUUUUAAUAACUUUGUUUUCUACUGUGGAGAGAAGCAGAACAAGAAAAAUUCUCCCUCACUUCUUGUUCCCUCCCCAUAGGUUUUUCUCAGAUGAGAUGAAAAGAAUGUAACAUUCUGUAAUUCUAGGUCUUAAAACACAUAAGAAGGGGAUAACUUACUAAAUCAAAACAACAUAAACAGCAUCUGUCUUUCAUGAGAAUCGCUUGAAACAGCUGAGUAGGUAGAAAUAUGGUCAGCGCUCUAUCUGCCACAGCACACUCUGGUAAUGAAGUUCUUUACGUGAAGAUUAAGAGAUGACUACACACCAAACUACUUGUAGUUUCCACAGGCAGCAUCUUGGUAAGCCUAAGUUUCUUCCAGAGUGUAUGGAGUGUAGACUUCAGUACAUAUGCAGAAUUGUUUGAACUGCCAUCCUAACUACUUGCAUGUGUUGAGUGGAUACUCAAUUAGUUGUUACACUACAAGAAAAGGACAUGACAACUUUUGAACUGGUUUUGGUCUGAAAAGAAAUGGUACUUUGUGUUUUCCAAACACUUAGCUGGUGCUGUGGGGUAACUAUUAAAAUGUUGUGUCUGCCAGGUGUGACUGCUGGCCUUUCAGGUGGUUGACAUUCAUUAGUGUGAAUAUUAGUGUUUCAGCAAAUGCUUGUUUGCCAAACUAUGCCUUUAGGAGUUAGCAGGUGAUCGAAAAUACUUCUGAUUUCCACUUCCUUUUUUCUAACUUGGAUGUGAUCCCUGGGAUCAUAGCUUUCCAUUUCACAGCUUUUCUUAAAAGCAGCAACCAAACUUUGCUAUAUGCAAACAGAAAUAAAAACAGGCUUUUCAUGUGUGUCUCCCUUCAGAGGUUCUCAUGGCAAGCCAUAAACUUAAUUUAAUUUGUCACACGUAAAGUAAAUUGUUCUUAGUUUGCUAUGUGUUCCUUUCAGUAAAUGAAGGUCCUCUUGUAAUGGGUUAAAAACUCAGGAAUAAGAAAGACCAGUGGUUCUAAGAACAGGAGACCACUAUGUGUCCUCCUAUAUGCCUUUUUUAAGGUGAGUGAACUAGUUUCCCACAGUGUCUCAAAAAACAGAGGUAUCUAGAAAUUGCUGUUCAGGACUUGAGUACAAGGUUCACCUGAAUAGUUGCAAUGCUGUCUUAACUUUUAUGCCUCUAUGUUGCUAAUGUAAGAAUCUGGUUUUGUAUUUUAUGUUUACACAGUUUAACUGUAUUUAUAAGAUAUUUUAACUGUGUAAGAUACAUUUGUACUAUUUCUUUCACCUGAUGAAGUGCCAUGCUUCUUUUUAAUCUGUUAAGAGCACCUUGUAAGAAAAAAAAAGGGUAGUUUUUGGAAAACAUGUUACCUAAACUUCUAAACUUUAGGUCAGGGUGCAUGGGAUUACUGAGUUAAAUCUGGGUUUCUUGAACUAGUGCAUGUAACUGUAACUACAGGUUACCUGUACAUACUGGUACUCCUUAUGAGCCCUAUAACUGAUAAAUCUUCAAGAACUCUCAUUACUGUUUGUUCAUAUAUUGAAGUGAACCUUAAGUAUUUCUAAAAUUAAUCAAGCAUUUUCUAUAAAGCAUGACACAACUUCCUUUAUGUUCUGUAUGGCUUCUUUUUUACUGCUAAGAUUUAUUGUAUAAAAAAAAAGCUAGAAAACACAUCUAUUGCAUUGCUAAGAAUUUGGGAUUUGUGAGGACUGGUGGCUUAAAGGAUGGUUGCAUACAGUACAUAGUAUAACCCAUCUUCUAUCUUUAGAGCAAGCUUUACUAAAGAUCAAUCUGCCAAAUAUUUCAGUUGAUACGAAUGUAUCCACUCUCAAGAAGUUAACAGUUCUUUCACUUAUGAAAAGUGGGUCCCAGUUGUGUCAAUUACUUCUAGGUGGAUUUUUUUAUUCAUAUGUUUUAUAGCUUGUGUUCCCUGUGAGGUCAGUGUUCGUGAGAAGCUAACGUCACUCUCCUGGCUUCUGCUUUUCAUGGCUAAGUUGGAACUGGUUUCAGUUAGUAUCUUUCUUUUAAUACAUUUGCAUAUUGAAUACAUAAAUGUUACAAGAUUAUUGGAUUAGGUCAGUCUUGGUUUCUACUGAUCAGACUUCUGAUCUCACUUCCAUGAGUCAGUUUUUAAAACUGAGCUUAAAUUCACAUCUGUAACUAUAUUCUUGAGUAGAUAUCUCUCUAAAUCUGGGGCACCUGAGAUAGUAGCUGAUGGCCAGACUGUUAGGCACUGAAUGUGGGCAGUUGGGGUGCCUUUAGCAAUUCUGAUAACCAGUGCAGGUUUGAAAACUAUACGUUGUUCUGUGAUCGCAGUAGUACUUUGAAAUAAAGGGCACAGUUUAUUUCUAUAACAAUUUAUUUGGCACCAGUAUCUUGCAGUAAAUACGGAAUAGCAAAAUCAAAAUACUGAUUUUAAAUAAUUUUAUUGUGGUACUGAUUGUCCCUUUAGAACAGUAGUUUAAUGGUCUAUACCUUCUGUUACAUUAAUGUAAGGGAACAUAUCUGACAAUUGUAUUGACUGAAGUGUUCUACCUUGGGAAAACCAGUGGUUCUUAGGCUUGAACAAUUUGGGUUUUUUGUCUGUUAACCAUCUGUCUUAUUGCCAUCAAACUCUUACAGAAUUUUUAAGAUCUUAUUGCACCAGCAACCAAUAAUCAGAACAUCAACUUUAUACAAGUUUGUACCAAAUGCUAUUACAACAUGCUGUGAAACUACAUGCAUACAGUGAAAGCAAGCAGUAUUAUUUUUGAGCUUUAUUUAGCCUAGGAAUAGGGUUUAAAGAACACUAAUUUCCAGCCUUGCACUUAAAUGGUAAAUGCUUUUGUAUUUUAAUCCAACAUUUGUUCAAAUGUCUCUUGUACUGCUUGUUAAUUUUCAACAGGAUUUGCUUUGCUUCUCCCACAUUCUUUUAGUCUGUUUUCAUUUUGUGCAGAAUUCUCGUUUGCUGUUCAUGUUUCAUAGCCCUUCACAUGAAAAUAUAUACAUGUCCUAUUUCAAAAGUGCUUUUAAAUUACUUGAAAUGAUGUCUGACGUUGGUUUGUUGCUUUCUUUAAUACUGUUUCAUUUGUAGACGUUAGUAAUCAAACUGAUCAUUUACAGUGUCAUCAACACUACUAAGCUAAACGUAGCAACAGAUAGGCCUAAGUUUCAGCUUCUCUGCUUUAAGUGACCAUUCUAAAAUUUUGUUUCCCAGAGGAUACACUUUUACUUUUAACAAAUGUGGUGUUAGAUGUUUUCUAAAAUAGUGAUACCCUGUUUAUAAAUCUUAUGAAAGAUAUGUUGUUAUUCUAGAGUAUUGUACUUAAGUCUUGUUACAGUGUUAGUUUUUCCUUUUUCCUUUUUGUAGUACUGUCUUGGCUGCUCUUGACAUGUUUUGAAGUAGUAAUUAAACUUAUAUUUUGUGAUUA